AAAAAAAAGAACCCUUGGCUCCACGUAUGACAGGCGAAUAUCUAGCCUAGACUCAACACGAACUGCACUGACUAUCUCUAAAGCCAAGGGGUGAUUUGUCUCUGUCGUUGAUAUAUACUAAUCAGGGAUUUCCAAAAGUCUCUGAAGCCUUCCAACCCAAAAUGGAGGCGGAACUUCAAACACAGAUCCCCGGCCUUGAUCAUGUAAUCUCGGAAUACUCUGUGGGUUACUUGACUCACGCCUCCAAGGCUUAUGUCGAGGAUGCAAAUGCUCAAUCACCGUUGGCGGAAGCUGCCGAUACGGUCACCGAGCUUCUUGUUUCUGCCUCUGGAGACUUCUCGGCCCAAAAUGAAGAGGCUAUCCGCAACCUUGUGGGGAAGUUCAUCUCGUCUCUGAGUGCCUCCGAUGGAGUUGAUGCGGAGAAGAGGCAGAUGCCUUUUACCGCCAAAAAGCUUGACCAGGCCAUCAAUGUCGGCUCCCAGAGAAACAUGUCCUCAACUUUGGGUCUGACAGGAGUAACGGUGGAUUUGGAAUCUGCCAACUCCAGGAAGGUCGAGUCUCGUGUGGACCGGAAGAAGCUUGAGAAGGCAGAGCGCAAGAUUCGUGCCAAACAGGAGAAGAAGCAGAUGAAGACGGUGACCUACGAGUCAUCCCGCCUGCUCAACCAGCCUGAUGAAACCAUGUCUUACGAAGAGUUCUUCAUGGCUGUCAACCCUCUUCAAUUGGGCUCCGAUUCGCAAUCCAAGAGCAAGGACAUCAAGGUCGACAGUAUCGAUAUCUCUGUUGGUGGCCACCGUAUUUUGACCGAUGCCUCUUUCACCCUGGCAUAUGGUCGUCGCUAUGGUCUUGUGGGUCAAAACGGUAUAGGAAAGAGUACUCUGCUGCGUGCACUGAGUCGCAGAGAGGUGGCUGUUCCAAGCCACAUUUCUAUUCUUCACGUCGAGCAAGAAAUUACUGGUGAUGAUACCCCUGCGCUUCAAGCAGUAUUGGAUGCCGACGUGUGGCGAAAACACCUUCUCGCAGAGCAAGAUAAAAUCUCGAAACAACUGACAGCUAUUGAAGAAGAACGAUCCUCAAUGGCAGACACGUCCACAGAUGCCGCUAGGUUGGAUCAUGAAAGAGAGGGCCUUGAUAUCACUCUGAGCGAUAUCUACGCUAAGCUUUCAGAGAUGGAAUCAGACAAGGCAGAGUCUCGUGCGGCCAGUAUCCUGGCAGGUCUUGGUUUCUCACAAGAGAGACAGCAGUUUGCAACCAAGACCUUCUCUGGUGGUUGGCGAAUGAGAUUGGCUUUGGCACGAGCUUUGUUCUGCGAGCCAGACUUGCUUUUGCUGGACGAACCGUCCAACAUGUUGGAUGUUCCGUCCAUUACCUUCUUGUCCAACUACCUCCAAGGGUAUCCCAGCACCAUUCUUGUCGUCUCUCACGAUCGAGCGUUUUUGAACGAAGUCGCUACAGAUAUCGUGCAUCAACACUCCGAAAGAUUGGACUACUACAAGGGAGCCAAUUUCGAAUCCUUCUAUGCAACAAAGGAAGAGCGGAGGAAGAACGCCAAGCGCGAGUACGAAAAACAAAUGGCAGAGCGAGCACAUCUCCAAGCCUUCAUCGACAAGUUCCGAUACAACGCUGCCAAGUCUUCCGAAGCCCAGUCAAGAAUCAAGAAGCUCGAGAAAAUGCCGGUCCUCGAAGCCCCAGAGAGCGAAUAUGUUGUGCAUUUCAGCUUUCCCGGAGUCGAGAAGCUUUCUCCGCCCAUUGUGCAAAUGUCCGAGGUUGCUUUCGGGUAUACUAAGGACAGGCCUCUACUCAAUAAUGUUGACCUUGAUGUUCAGCUUGACUCUCGUAUAGGAAUUGUCGGCCCUAACGGUGCUGGUAAGACAACCGUAUUGAAACUGUUGACCAACCAACUUCAACCGACUUCCGGUCUCAUCUCCACAAACGCAAGAUUGCGCAUUGGUUUCUUUGCCCAGCACCAUGUGGAUGCCUUGGAUCUCAACGCCAGCGCGGUGAGUUUCAUGGCCAAGACCUACCCUGGAAAGUCUGAUGAGGAAUACCGGAGACACUUGGGAGCCUUCGGUAUUACCGGAAUGACUGGUCUCCAGCGAAUGGAACUCUUGUCCGGUGGUCAAAAAUCCCGUGUCGCAUUUGCUUGCUUGUCCUUGACAAACCCCCAUAUCCUUGUUCUGGACGAACCUUCCAACCACUUGGAUAUUGAGGGUAUGGAUGCGCUCUCCGAGGCGCUGCAGAAGUUCGAAGGUGGUGUUGUUAUGGUUUCGCACGACGUAACCAUGCUGUCGAAUGUCUGCACCAGCCUCUGGGUCUGUGAUAAGGGAACUGUGCAUAAGUUUGACGGCAAUGUCAACGCAUACAAGAAGAUGAUUAGCGCACAGGCUAAUGAAGCUGGUGUGGUGCAAGCUCACUGAGGAACGUGAUAAAACAGUUAUGAUAAAAUGAGAAACUUUCUUUUCUGGAUGAUCAGAUAUUGUCAUUCUUGACUAUAAAGCAAAAUCCUGGUAGGAA